AUGGUCUUUGACAACACCUUUGAUACCGGACUGAGCGGACAAGAGACAAACCUCAUGGCUCUCACCAGAGCUGCUCAUGAAUGUGACCACCACCUGAUUGCCGUCACACAAAGUGAGGAAGCUGCUAACAAGGUAGCCAAUCUCAACGGAGCACGCACCCGUGUCCUAGAGCAGCAAAAGGCACCUUCUUACAGAUGGUCAAAAGGAGAGGCAGAGGAGUACUUGAAGGCUGUGAAGACGUUGACUGAAAAUGCGGAGAGGGUUCUGAACAUGACCCAAGUGCCUGAUGAAGUUGGCGGGUGGAAACCGGUGGACAUCAAGGAGUAUUUGAAGACAGGUCGAAGACCAGAAGCACCACAACAGGGACAAGGUGGCAGAAGCACAGCGAAUUCAGCAGUCUGGGUCAGGCAACUCCAGAAGGACGGUGAUACAUUCGAGCAGAUGGGCAACGCUUUCCCAAUUGACCCAGUGCCCUCCAAUAUUGCCUAUUUGAAGAAAGCAAUCAAGAAGGAGGAGGAACUAUCCAUUGCGCCUUCCAAAAUUGAUAUUUUUAGCCAACAGGAUGGAAAGUGGAUAAAAAAAGAAAAGAUGUCGGCAAGCCUUCGCAACACGGAUGAGACAGAUUGCUAUGGCUUCACAUUGCCAUCAGCGUGA